AUGGUCCAGAACUUAGUUACUGAAACUUGCAAAACUUUCGCACAAAAUGAUCCAAACAUCGACUACAAUUUCUGCACAACUUCCCUUCAGGCAGAUCCAGCCAGCCAAAAUGCCACUUUACAAGAACUAGGGAUGAUUUCAAUCAGAUUAAUAAACUGCAAUGUGACAGAUACGCAGUUUUACAUCAAGAAUUUGAUCAAGAACAAGAAAUGGGGUUCAUAUACAAAGCAAUGUUUGAGAGAUUGCUUCGAACUUUACUCAGAUGCAAUCCCUUCUGCUAAAGAGGCCAUGAAAUAUUACAGUAAAAACCUCUACAGUGAUGCUAAUAUACAGUUAAGCUCAAUACUGGAUGAUGCCACGACGUGCGAGGACGGAUUUAAGGAGAAAAAAGGAGUUGUUUCUCCACUGACAAAGAGAAAUGGUGAUACUUUUCAGCUCUCUGCAAUAGCACUCUCUGCUGUGAAUAUGCUUCAGACAGGAUCAAACUGA